AUGGAGUCCUUAAACCCCGUCAACAACAACACUUUCGGUUUCCCAUACGCAACAAAGUACUGCGUGAGGGGUAUGGAUUACGGCAAGAAUCCAAGAUUCAAUGACGCACUAUACCGCAAUCUGUUGGAUCACUUAGGCCCGGAUGACUUCGUCUGGAGACCAUAUUUGGAGGUUCCAGAACAUGGUGGAAAGGAAAGAACUGAAAAUGAAUUUCAGCACUUGUGUGUGAGCUCUGGAUUUUCCAUAUUUCAUACCGCUUCCACUGAUAUUUCAGCUAUGUCAGGAGUAAUGGAAUUCUAUAAAUAA